GCCUGCCCAACACGCAUCUAACCUAUCAGCUACUCGUAUCUCGUAUCUCACUCGCUUCACGUAACAUAUCACCUACUCGCAUAUCAGUCAUCUCUGCGUUACACAAAACUAAAUUCAUUAAACAUACAGUGUUCAAAAUAAUCAAAUAUAAAAAAACAAUCCUAAAACUAUGACAAGUGACAACAUAAUGGAAUUAUCAACCAGCGAAAACGAACUAACAGAACCUCCUAAAAGAAAAGAAACCGCUGGAGCUACGAUAUAAAGUCUCUUACCCCCAAAAUCGAGAGAAAAAUACGAAACAGCAUACAGCAAGUUUAUAGCAUGGAGAGCUAAAAAAAAAAACCAAAUCGAUGUCUGAAAAGACACUUCUCGCAUAUUUCAUAGAGCUAUCGAAAUCUAACAAGCCAUCGACUAUGUGGGCAACAUACUCAAUGCUCAAGACUACAAUAAAUAUAAAAAAUAAUAUCAACAUCAACAAAUACGAAAACCUCACUUCAUUUCUAAAAACACAGUCAAAAGGAUUUCAGUCCAAAAAAGCGAACACAUUGACACCGGAACAAAUUAAAAAGUUCCUCGAUGAAGCACCAGAUCAAACACACUUAGCGACAAAGCUCGCUACUAUCUUUGGAAUAUGUGGAGCAUGCAGAAGAGACGAACUAGCUAAUAUAAAUAUGGAACACAUCAAAGACAGAGGAUCUCUAUUGCUCGUUACAAUUCCAACCACAAAAAACUAUAAACCGAGAAGCUUUGUAGUAACAGAAGAAUUUUACAGUAUUUAUAAAAAAUACUUAGUCUUCAGACCACACGACAUCAAAACACCAAAAUUAUUUCUAAACUACCAAAAAGGAAAAUGCACCCAUCAAGUGAUUGGACUCAAUAAAUUUGGCAAAAUGCCAACGGUCAUCGCAACUUAUCUGAAUCUACCAGAUCCUAACUCUUACACUGGACAUACAUUCCGUCGUACUUCUGCCACGAUCUUGGCAGACUCUGGAGCAGACAUACUCACACUAAAACGACACGGAGGAUGGAAAUCCAACGCAGUAGCUGAAGGAUACGUGGACAACUCCUUUACUAAUAAAAAGAAUAUUUCCAAUCAAAUCACAACCACGAUAACAAAUAAUAACUUUCCAACUUUUCAAUCAGCAAAAACAAUUUACGACCAAGCACAACCAUCCACAUCUACAAACUGCAUACAAAACGACAAAGAAAAUGAACCUACAAACACUCAAACUGACACUAUAGAUCAACAAAAUAUCAACAAGAAUUUAACUGAAAUAUUGUCUGCCUCUAAACUAAAAAGUAUUACAUUCUCAAUAACUAAUUACGCCAAUCUCACAAUAACUUUACCACCAAAAGAAAACUAAUAUUUUUUUUUUCAUUUCUUCACUUUAUAAUGAAAAACAAUUUC